GGCUCUCUUUUCUCGCCGCGGCCUCCGUGCACCACCGUCCGUCUGUCCGACUAGCUGCACUCGGGUACGCCUAGGGUCACGUGACGCGGCCAGCACCUAUCACCGUCGGGCAGAUUUCUAUACGCAAACUCGCAGUCAUCCUUUCGGUGCUCUGAAAAUAACUCUGGUUUGUGAAUCCAGUGGCUGCGGACGCGAGACGAUUAGAGGCAGAGACGUCGACGGUAUCGGACACUCUCGUCUGCACACGCGUCGGACACCCCGCAGCAACGCGACCCCAAGAGUGGUGCGCUUUUGGUGCUCAUGUGGACACGCCACUCUGAUGCUGAAUCAAGUUUAGAGUGAUGGAUAAUGACUAUGCAGUUGAGUCUGAUUUGGCGAUAAGUGAUGUCAGAUUGGCUUUGUAACCAUUAGUGCAUGAUGCAUCCUUGAACUCUCAGGGCGUGGAUAAAAAGAAUAUUAAUUGGUGUUGAAGUUCUUCAGAGUGCCGACCCGAAUUUCAUAGAAAAUUCUCAACAAAGCAAAAGCAAGAUGAACCACGAGCCGAGAGUGGAGAUCAUCGAACAGCCGGCGCCCAAGGCCCUGCGCUUCCGAUACGAAUGUGAGGGUAGAUCUGCGGGGAGCAUUCCGGGAGUGCACGCCACCAAUGAGAAUAAAUCCUUCCCCACAAUCAAAAUUGUAAACUUCACCGGUCGGUGUAUGGCGGUUGUGUCCUGUGUGACAAAGGACCAGCCUUACAUGGUUCACCCGCACAACCUCGUUGGUAAAGACGGCAAGCAAGGUGUCUGCACAGCGGCGGUGGACACCGAGACCAUGACAUGUCAAUUAACCAAUCUCGGCAUUCAGUGUGUCAAAAAGAAAGAAGUGGAGAGGUCGUUAGAAGUAAGGAGGAGGCUCAGAAUAGAUCCCUUCAAAGGAGGAUACGAUCACGGAAGCCAGCCUUCCAAUAUUGAUCUGAACGCCGUCAGGCUCUGUUUCCACGUUUUUGCAGAGGGCGACGAGCCUGGGAAGUUCACUAGACCCUUACCACCAGUUGUGUCUGAAAUUAUUUAUGACAAAAAAGCCAAUACUGACCUGCAAAUAAUUAGACUAAGCGACGUUUCGUGCAGUGUGGCUGGUGGAAAGGAAAUGAUUCUUUUGUGUGAAAAGGUUGCCAAAGAUGAUAUUGAAGUUCACUUCACGGAGGAGAAAGAUGGCCAAAGAGUUUGGCUGGAGAAAGGAGAAUUUCAGCCGUCGGACGUCCACCGUCAAUACGCAAUACCUUUCAGGACGCCUGCUUACUCAAAUAUACAUGUGCAAAGUGAAGUGAAAGUCAAGAUUCAACUGGUGCGUCCGUCGGAUGGAGCGUGCAGCGAGCCUCGCGACUUCACCUACUUGCCAUUGGACUCAGGUAGGCCAUUUUGGUCUUUAAAAAAGUUGAAAGCCAACUACGGCGUCUUCUCGAGUAUUCUUGCUACAAACACUGCGCUUAUGACCGCCCCUCGCCAACCGAUCACCAUCUCGAACGGCCACGGUUCCGACGCUCAAGUGCAAGAAGUGCCUGAUGACUCCCCGCAAGAGGUCAAAAUCGAACCUGCGGAGGAGCAGCCAGGACCUUCCGAAGAGCCCGUUUACGAGUUCACUGAAAACAGCUGGGAUAAAAAUGAGCAGAAAAUCUUGGACGCGUACUCGGAAGAACUUGCUCAAGACGAAAACUGCAAGUCUUUGAAUGACCUGCUUAGCACGGUUGCCGAACUGGAAGAAAUGUACCCUGAACCCCAGCCAGACCCCGACCUGACCGAGUGUCUUAAACAUUCGGCCGCUUCCGUCCCUACCAAUGUCCCCAUGGACGUUGAUGAUAGUUUUGAAAGCGGACACUACACUAGUCUCCAGUUAGCAAUGAAAAAUCCAAUUUUGAUAGACAUAGAUUUUGAAGACCCUCCGCCCCAACCAACCCUUAUUCUGCCCACGCAGAACGAAUUCAUUCUUCCUCCCAUGGCGGAGGUUUAUAUUCCUCCAGAGCAAACUGUUGUAAAUAACAAGAGGGAAAGUACCACCGACAAACUCCCCCCACUGCCCCCGAAACGUUUCCGCAAAAAUAAGGACGACGACUCAAGCUCUAUAAUCACCAUCGACGAACCGGCACCAGAACUGCCCCCAAGGGCAAAUCCACCCCUGCCCCCUACCAAGGACGAACCCACCAACGUUAAGCAAAAGUCCAAGAACUUUUUCCAAAAGCUGUUUUCGCGCAAGGGCGGCCGCAAGAACAAACCUCCCGGACUGCCUAAGACAGGCUCUGUUCCCUGCAAUUUGUCUGAAGUCAACCAGAAUAGCAUAAAUAGUGCUAUUGUGGAACCACCGAGUCCUGCGGUUGAUUUGACGGAGGCCGAGCACUACGCUCUAUACACCGACGUCGCCCCCAGGGCCAACUGCUCAGAAUUUGACGAGACGUCAUUUUACUACAGCCCGGUCGAGGGUAUCGCCGAAAAACCGCUGCCCCCGGAGCCCCAGAAGAGCGAAAAACGCAACAGCGUUUCCAAAAUUUCGGGCAGCAUCCGAGACAUUUUCUCGUAACUUGCCGACUAUUCGAAUAUUGAACCGAGACCAAAAUUUGAUCACUUUUGACCAGCUACAUUUUGUGAUGAAUGAAAAAAUGCCACAAAAUUUGCUGAUGCCAGUGUAUAAUUAAUUAUUUCUAAAUGAUAGAUAACGAAGCACAGCGCUCGGCAGAUGACGCAGAGGUCCAUAUGCAACCAUCAUUCGAUGAUUAAUAUUUUUUCACAGCAAACUCAAAACUCGACUUCUUGUGCCAUUAAAUUUUUAUACUAACCAUAUUGCGUCAAAUCGUAGUUGGUUUGAGAUUUUUAUAACGAUCGAGAUGCAAUAUUAUAAGCCACUUGAAAACAAAACUAGUCAGAACUUGAGUAUUAAAAAUCGGUGCCUUUUGUUGCCGCUUGCGCACAAAGCUAUUUAUAAAUAAUAAAAUACUAAUUAAUAAAUGUGCAACUUUUUUGUAAGACCGCGAUUUUGCACUGGAAACAAACACAAUACUAUAUAUCUAUUGAUUCAAUAUUUACGCAAUAAGUGUAUUAUUAUGCAUUGAUUUGUUUGACUAAUCCUGAUGCUGUUUGUGUUAUAGCGACCAUUUUAGUCAAACGAAAGCAGUCGAAAUAUAGUGAUACUCCGAAUGCAAAGAGACAUGCAGCCUCUAGUUCUGUUGAGAGGAGUGAGUAUUUUUGCACAAUUCUCACUUGGUGGUGGCGGCGCCGAAAAGAAUAUUAUA